UGACACUUUCACCUGUCUUCUCCACACACUAGCCAGCUAAUGUUAGCAUUGAAGGCUAGUGAUAGCGCGCUACUAGUUGUGUGCUAGCCACAAGCCUGCUUUAGUCUAUUUCAGCCACGGUUUAGCUUGAUUAUACCCCAAAUUAACUUUUUUGGCUACGUUGGCCACAAGUUAGCUUUAUUUCUAUCUAUGUUAGUCACAGUUUAGCAACAGAAUAGCGUGGAAGCUAAAGUAGACAAAAGGAAUUACCAGAAUGCGGGAAGAGCGAUGUCACCUGUUGCAUGGAAGCAAAUAAGAGUCUGAGAGGGAAUGGCAAACAAAGGCAGUCUUAAAUAAGAAGAUAAUCACAAAUCAGGUGCGCGUGACAAAAAGAAGGCAGGUGACACUAAACGGAACAAAACAGGAAGUGCCACCAGGAACUAAGGACGUCAAAUAACAGGAUGUGAUAUACUAACACAAAAAAAACAGAAUAUGACAUUAUCCAAGUCGUGGAUCAGGACAAUUAUACCCCCAAAUUAGCUUUUUUUUGGCUACAUUGGCCACAAGUUAGCUUUAUUUUCAUCCAUGUUAGUCACAGUUUAGCUUUAUUAUAGCUGAAUUAGCCACAAGUUACCUUUAUUUUGUCUAUGUUAGCCCUGGUGUCAGGCCAAAUUUGUGCCCAGCCGAAAUAAGUGCUCGGGCAGUUUUUUGGCAGGGCGGCGUCAUUGACAAACCAACGUGUGUGUAGCGAAAGAGAGACCGUCCAAUAUUUUUAAAAGCUUAAUUCACCAAAAUUAAAACUACUGAUCUUAUUUGUUUCAUCCUGCCGUUUCUCCAUAUUUAAUAGCCUAAGACAAUAUGUAUUACAGUAACUUUGGUAUGAUACGUUUUUUCUGUUAGCUAACAAUAUCCGCAAAUCCACAGGGACAAUUCUUUGGCAAGCCUUCCCAUACACACUGUAUACAACAUGGUGGGCAUAUAUUUCGCUCUUAAGGCGCUAAAUAUAUGCCCCGACACGCUGGGGCACUUAUUUCGCAGCGAGCACUUAUUUCGCUUGACACCGGGUUAGCUUUAUUAUGGCGACAUUAGCAAUGAGUUAGCUUUAUUUUCUCUGUUAGCCACAAGUUAGCUUUAUUACACCCCCAAAUUAGCUUUUUUUGGGGGGCUAAAUUGGCCAAAAGUUAGCUUUAUUGUAUCUAUGUUAGUCACAGUUUAGCUUUACUAUGACUAAAUUAGCCACAAGUUAGCUUUUUUUUGUUUACGCUAGCCCUGGAUUAGCUUUAUUUUGGCUACAGUAGCCACGCGUUAGUUUUAUUUGGUCUAUGUUAGCCCCAGGGCACUUUAUUUUGUCCAAGUUAGUCACAGGCUAGCAAUAUUCUGGUUGACUAUUGCCGCAGGUUAGUUUAAUACAGCUAUAUUUUCCACAAGUUAGCUUUAUUUGUCUCCAUUAGCCGUAGGUUAGCUUAAUUGUGUCUACUAUUGCCAGGUUAGUUUUAAUAUGGCUAUAUUUGCCACAGCUGUAUUUGUCUACGAUAGCCCAGGUUAGUUUUAUAAUGGAUACAUUUUGGCGGUUAGCUUUAUUUGUCUACGUUAGCCAAAGCCAGGUUUGUUUAAUUUUGUUUACAUUAGCCGAAAGCUAUCUUUUUUUGUCUAGGUUAGCUGCAGUUUUGCUUUAUUAUUGUGACGCUUAGCUGGCAUCGUGGUACGUGUUUGCGUUCUCUCGUGGGUGCAGCGAAGAUGGAACACAGCGUGAAGGUAGGAAUGAUGAUUUAUUUAUAACUACAAAACCAAACUAGGAACAAAAACAAUUGCGCGAAGGCACUACAAACAAAACCAACAGAAAGCGCUAGAAUGAGUCAGGGACAAACAACAGAAUAGCGUGGAAGCUAAAGUAGACAAAAGGAAUUACCAGAAUGCGGGAAGAGCGAUGUCACCUGUUACCUUUAUUUUGUCAAUGUGAUUAUGACAAGCAGCGUCGAGAUCCAGGUGAGCAGACAAUCGAGGUCCAGCAGGUGCUGAUCCAUCCUCACUUCCACGCGUUCACUCUGGACAGCGACAUUGCUCUGCUCUACCUGGCCCAGCCUAUCAUAAGAGGGCCCACCGCCAUCCCCGCCUGCCUGCCCGACCCCCACCUGUCCAAGUACCUGCUCAAGGUGGACAACAGGGGUGUGGUGACAGGAUGGGGAACUACAAAGUACCUGGGCAGGCCCUCACGAUUCCUCAGGAAGGUGGUGCUCCCGGUGGUCAGUCACCAGUCCUGCAGCCUGUCUAGCGAGCAGGUGAUCACAGACAACAUGUUCUGUGCAGGAUACCUGAAAGCCAGCGUCGACGCCUGCAGCGGCGACAGCGGCGGCCCCUUCGUGGUCCACUACAGGGGCACCUGGUUCCUGACCGGCAUCAUCAGCUGGGGCGAAGAGUGCGCCGCCAGUGGCAAAUAUGGCGUCUACACCCGCCUGGGGAACUUCCUGCCCUGGAUCACAACCACCAUGGCCAGGGUGGACUUGAACGCCACACAGAGCUAAAAUAAAUUUAGUUUUUUUCAUGACGAUUAACAAAGUGGGCAUGUCCUAAGAAUGAAAGUUAAAAUAAAAAGGAUGAUAAGGAA